CACCCCUUGUUUGAUUCUCACACACUCAGCUUCAAUUUCUCUCUUUCUGCAAUUCCACAUCUUUCUUUUUUUCUUACAAAAUGUUGAAGCUCAAUGGGCUUGUGGUGCUACUUUUAGCCUCUAGCUUUUGUGUUACAUUUGGAGGAUUACUCCCAAACGGAAACUUCGAGGAAAAGCCAAGCCCAACACAACUCAGUGGAACAAGAGUAGAAGGCAAAUAUGCAAUCCCAAAAUGGGUAACAUCAGGAUUUGUAGAGUACAUAACAUCAGGCUCAAAACAACAAGACAUGGUCUUAAUAGUACCAGAGGGCAAACAUGCUGUAAGAUUAGGCAGUAAUGCUUCAAUUAAGCAAAAAGUGUCUGCUCAAAAGGGUAAAUUCUAUGCCUUAACUUUCAGUUUUGGAAGGACUUGUUCACAAGAAGAGGUCCUUAAUGUUACGGUGACCCCUAGUUCUAAGGGUCAUUCUGGGAUAUUGCCCUUACAAACUGUGUACUCGAGUGUUGGGUUCGAUUCCUAUGCUUGGGGUUUUCGUGCUGAGGCCGAUGUCGUUGAAAUUAUUCUCCAUAACCCGGGUCAUCCUGGUGAAGAUCCUGCUUGUGGACCUCUUAUUGAUACUAUUGCUCUUACUAUUUUGGACUCGGUCAAGCCUACUGGAGGAAACUUGGUAAAGAAUGGAGAUUUUGGAGAAGGGCCCUAUGUAUUCCAUAGUUCAUCAUGGGGUGUCCUAAUCCCUCCAAACGUUGAAGACAGUCACUCCCCCUUACCAGCUUGGAGGGUCGAAUCCCUUAAAGCCGUCAAAUACAUCGAUUCCCUCCAUUUCUUCGUCCCCGAAGGCCAACGAGCCGUCGAGCUCGUUGGCGGAAAAGAAAGUGUCAUAGCCCAAACCAUUAGGACUCAACCAGGUAGGUUAUAUGCACUUACUUUCAUGGUUGGUGAUGGCAAAAACGGGUGUGUUGGUUCACUGGCGGUUGAGGCUUUCGCUGCAACAUCAACCACUAGGGUUACAUAUAACUCUAAGGGUCAAGGUGGGUUUAUUAGAGGUAAACUCGUGUUUAAGGCCGAUAAGGGUACAACGGUAAUUAGAUUUUUGAGCUCGUUUUAUACUAUGACUAUUGAUGGGUCUAUGUGUGGUCCUGUUAUUGAUGAUGUUAAAGUUCUUCAUGCUCGUUCGUACCGUAGUUCUUCACCAAAGGAAGUUAUAAGGGUGUAAUAGAAUUCAAGGGUUUUUUGUGUCUACAGCUGACAGCAGUGACUAAAUUUGUGCGGCAAUUAAGGGUAAAAGGGCGCGUUGGCCAAGGGUAUGUUUUAAUAGGAGUGAGCCUUGAAUUGGUGAAUUGUAACUAGUAAUGCAAUAAUAAUAAUAGUAGUACUUAAUGAAGUAGCAGUAAUAUUUGAUAAGUUAUCAAACCCCAUCUAGGAGGUUUUUCAAGGUUUCUAGAUGUUUUAUAUUAUAUUGGUAUGGGAUUUCAUCAAGUGUAUGUUUCUUAUUGAUGUAUCAAUUUAUUCAUUUGUUGUUCAUAAGGUUCAAAGAUCGAACCAUCAAAAA